AGCCCUGAGAUGACAAAAAGGAUGUCAUUUUUUGGCAAAUCGACUUUCAGAUCUUGUUGUGAUUCUGCGAACUGAACUGUGCACAGAAAUGAUAAAUACUAUUAAAAUUUUCUAUCGAAACGUUUUAUCCGAUAUCUGAAUCUGACUGUAGCUGAAUAAAUUAAUUCGUUACAAACGCAACUAGUGGACGAAGCGGCGUUGAAUAAUGGCGCUGACUCCGGAUGAGUUGCGUAAGAAUAUACCUAACUGGUCACUAGAAUCGGACGGGCAACUCCUUCAAUAUAUGGUUGAAAUUUCUAAGAAUUUGGAAGCUAAGUGUAAAAAAACCAAGGAGAAUCUAAAUCAGUUGCUACUAGAAUUAAACGACAGUCAAAUACGAUUCGCUAAUGCAUCGAAUAACUUCAACGGUGUUCAACAGGUGAAAUAUGUUGAAAAUCGAGUGAAAGACGACGACGAAAGCUUUUACUCAGUACGGGAAGAAGUAGUGGAAACUGGCGAGAAAUACUCGCAUGCAGAAAUUUUCAAAAUGACCGUCCAACGGUCAAUAACUAACAUGUACAAGUGCUUUGAAAGGGUAACAGUGCAGCUAGACAGUGAUAGCGAUAGUGAAGAUGAUUCAAAUGAUGCGGAAGUCACUGCACGAAAUACAGUACUGCGAGCGAUUCAGAAAUAUCCUUACAUCAACAGACCACUACCGUAUGUUAUAGGAUCACCAGAAUGGAAGGAAAAAUGGCACGUUGGUUUGAUUGACUCAGAAGAGGAAUCAGAAACAGAGUGCAAAGAACAGUACUCCGAUUCAAGCGAUAGCGAACGAAUAUUUCCUUCGCAAACCAAUAGUAAUCAUACACCAUCAGAAUCAGAGGGGUCUGUUUGGGGGGUACAUUCAGACCCCAGAAGAAGAGAUAGAUCGAUGGAGCCAAGUGUGUCAGGUGAAGAUACGCUGUCGAUUCAUUCAACCUCCAGCUCGAUCAGGCCACCAGUCGUCAAAACAUUACGGCAACAAAACAAAGUUCAAGUACUGCCUUUUGGACAACAAUUUAGACCACCUUCAUUAUUUCAAGAUCAGCCACCAGAGGAUACAAUCAGCGUGUCGUCAAGUAGAUCGAAAAUGCUCAAUUUGUUUGAUGAAUCGGAUAAAGAAGAUUCUACUCCUGCUCAUCAAGCGAAACCACAGCCAGUGAUAAAUCAGCCUGCUUACUUCAGAGGAAAUCUGCCUGAGAGGCAAACAGUUAAUUUGUUUGAUGAUGAACCACCAUCCCCGUGUCUGGGACGUACAGGAAAUUUAUCGUCAACUACCGCUGGCAAAACUCAACACAAAAAGUCUGUUAAUUUAUUUAUUGAAAGCGAUGAGGAAGAAGACAUGACGAAUAAUAAUGAUCAAAUUUCAAAAUCUGUCGAUAUUUUCCAAAGUGAGCCCCGUGAAAAACGCGAAAAUCUAGCAAAACCUGCUACCAAUCUUUUUACUAGUAAUGAUAACGUUCGCCUUGGCCAAUCAGUGGUCCAAAAACCUGCUGGUCAUAUAUUCGAUGAGGACAAUAACAACCCUUAUGAUGAAGAUGAUCUCUUCGUACCUGUACAAAAAUCUGUCAAUGGAUCUGGCGACGGUCGUAGCGUUCUAAGGAUAACGAAUCUCUUUGACGAUGAACCUCCUGUGGAUGAUUUUGAUGAAAUAUUUAAAUCAAAAGCUACAACUCACAAACCAAUUGGUGGUAAACUAGUGCUGCCUGUUGCGCCGUUACUUCCUAAAAGGGGGGAUGGGAAUCAUAAUGAAAGUGUUUCCGAAUCAAACGCUGAAAAAACUGAGGUUAUUCGUGAUGAGCAUCAUCGUGUAUCUAAUGAGUACACAGCGCAUAAACCCAUAGAAUCGCAGAAGCAAAUUGCGACUGAUGCAAUGAUCAGUAAAAAAGUUAAUCUUUUUGAUGAUAACGACGACGAUCAAGAUCUUUUUGCAACAAUGAGGCAAACAAACAAAUCUGCACCGAUUUCAAAAAUCAAUCUCUUUGAUGAUGAAGAUGAUUCCUUUCUAUUUGCAAGCAAAGAUGAUAACCCAGUUGUUGCAAAUAUUUUGGAAACAAAAUCCCCCCAAGUAGGUAGUAGUAAACAGAACACAAGUAUUCGAUCGGAGAUAUUGAAGAAAAAAUCAAUUUUCGAUUCCGAUUCUGCUGAGCAAAGUGAGGAAGAUAAACCUUUUGAUAGCUUGAAAAUAAACAAAAGUAAUGGAUCUUUAAGUUCGAGAACGGAAUCUUUACCGCAAAAAGAACAAACAGGUCCUAGUGCGCAAUUUCUUGUUGACGACAUUCAAAGACAAGCUUCAACUUCCAUAGCAAAGCCAGUGAUAAGCAGCACAGAAGUAAAUUCAUUGGAUCCAUCGGAGCAUUUGUCACCUCUUGUUGAAGAACCAAUAAAAAAUCCGGAAAUUUCAAAUGAAAUUGAUUAUUAUCUUAUCACCCCAAAAAAAUCUGGAAACAAAGAAACAAGCCUACCCGAGGUAAAAACUCAAGCAGCAAACGUGGAUGAAUUUGAAUCUAAUGAUUCGGGAGAUGCAGUGCAAAGCCAUGUUGAUGAAAUAAAGGUUGUUGAAAAAGAUAAACAUGAAAUAGAACGACAAACUGAUGAUAGUAUUGCUCAUACUAUAGUAGUUUCACAGCCGUCUGAGGAAAAUACCUCUGUAGCCAAAUGUGCCUUGAAUUUUAGCUCAAUGGGAUUGUUUGACGAUGUUCCUCCACCGGAUGAUAACAUAUUCGAAGAAGCGCGUUCUUCAAUUACCUUAGAUCAUAGUGAUGAUCCAGGCUUUUAUGCUGGACAAACUUCUGCACGGACUGCCAUUUCAUCGGACAGCAUAAAUCGUAGUCGAUAUCUUUUCAUGGACGACGAAGGUCCCCCACCAGAUGAUUUAAACCCGCAGUUAGCUAAAGACGAAGUAGAUGAUCUACUAUCAUCCCGCCAAACUGUAAAGAGCAUUUCGAGCAUAGUUGAAAAUGAUAAGUGUAGUGGAGUGAGCAAUGAAAAUAAGAGAGAAAAAUCAAAAAUAAACAAAUUGUCUGCCAAAGUUAACAUUAAUGUAAAUGCUUUACUACCCGGAGCCCGCAGGCCUCCGACAGUUGACAACAAAUCCGACAGCGAGGCAACAGUGUCAGAAAUUCAGACCAUAAUUCAACAAAACAAUUCAUUUGAACCGGAAAACAGCGCAGGUAAGUUGGUUGGAUUAAAUAAAGACCGUGCGCGUAUCCAGGUUAAACGAAAACCUUCGUCGCGACAACACAGAAGAGCUCAUUACGAAAACACUGUACAAGGUCAUUCUAGCAUAUUGACAGCCUCUGGUGUUCAAUCUCAACAAGACACUCAUGCUGAAGAAAUCCGAGUAGUAGUUGGCUCGGAAAUGAAAUCUCAGCACGUAGAGAUAACAGCAAAUGAUAUCGUUUCUAAUCCGUUGAUAUCCAAUCAACUGCCUAGUGAACUCUUGCAGCAAAAAAUAUUUGAAGUUAAAGAUGAUGAAGAUAAACUUGUUAACAAUCAGCCAGUUGAAUCAAAAUCGGUUAAAUCUGAACCAAAGACACUACUGCCAACUUCAAUAUUGUCGGGUGAAACAUCGAAGCCUCCCGAAAUUACAGUGGCAGCAGACAAAUCAAAACGGGGGCCAUCCACAAGAAAACUAUUCUCCGAUAGCGAAACCGAUGAUGACGAUGAUCUGUUUGGCGAGCUAACGAAACAUGUUACUGUGUCGAAGCCUGUCACGUUAAUAGUUGACCAAACGAAAAGCACUCCACAGUCAAUUCAGAAGAUAACUUCAGUUGCAACAAAAGUUGUUGAUACAUAUUCGGCGCCUUCUAAGGCAAGUCAAUCAAAGUCAAUUUUUGAUGAUUCUGAUGAUGAGAAUGAUUAUCUGUUUUCAAAACCCAACCCAAAAACUCAGCCUACUCCAGUUAUGGUUGAUAACGCUAAAUUUAGCAUUAAAACAGCAAAUCACAAAAAUAAGAGCAUAUUUGGAUCAGAUGAUGAAGAAGAAAGCGACGAUUUAUUUGGUUCAAAAGCUACGAAGCAUAGUUCCGUAACUGCAGCGUCGAUGAAAAUCACAAAACCGCCAAUCCAAACAAAGAGUUUAUUUGGCGACGAUGACGACGAUGACGACGAUGAUGACCUGUUUGGAUCCAAAGGCAGACCAACAAUAAAACCCACGUCAUCGUUUACUGGAAUAAAGAAACCCGAUAGUAACCGAACAAAAAUGUCAACUACAGUUGCUUCCAAUGAUCCAUUAGCAGAUUUGUUUGGGUAGUGAGCGGUAUUUUUACUGGCUUAAUCGGUUUGUGGUGAAAAUUGGAAGUUGUGCUAUCUAGACUGGAAAUUGUUUUUUGCAUUGUUUUCCGAAUCAUUUGUGUUCGGUCUAUGUUAUACAAAUUGCUAUAGGAAAACACUAAAUAUGUAAAUCUAGUCAAAAUUCAUCAGCUGAACAAAAGUUUCUACUAGAUGCGGAAUUAAUUCGAUUCUUCAAUUUUUAUCAUUCCAUUUUUGCAUUCUAAACCAGCACGUAUUAGUUGCUUUGCUUUAAGUAUAUUUUUUCAAGGGCAGUGCAAUUUGCUUAAUUUUUUGCAAGGUUCAUAUUAGGUGCUGUAAUAAAUUCAAUAUUAUAUUAACUUACUCUACCCAUGCAAACAAGUUGUACGUUUGUUCUAUGUCGUUUCCGUUUUUGCGAUCGUUCUGCGCCGUGUCGUGCUACACUUUUCAGUAAAUUUUGACAACGAUUAUAUUAAUGUGUUGGUGUUUUUUUAAACUACAAGAAACUUUGUUUUAUUUGAGUGCUACACCAUCGCAAGUGGUGGAGAAAAAGUUUAGUUCUAGUGUAGACGCAAAACUUGAAAUGAACGUUUUUAGUGCAAGCGUGCUACACCGGAGCAGUGCAUUGCUGAACCGAAAACGACAUAAGAAUAUAAAUAUUAUCUUUUUCCGCAAACACUACUCACAAAUUCGUAUUGCUGAAUGGCAACUUUUAAAGUUUACGUUGUCUUUAUAUCCUGAUUACCAGCAAUUGUUUACAGCAUCUUAGAGGGUUGUAUAUUUGAAAAAUGACACAUGAUUUAAUUUUUGCGCGUUUACAAGUAUUCAUUCAACAGAAAAAAUAGUUUGAUUUCAUCAAAAACAAGUUAUAUCGAAACAUACGUUAUGAAUCGUUAUGCAUACAAU